GGCCGCCGUCCUCACAUGACCCGAGUGUUUGUCCCCGUGAUCAGCGCCUCAUCUCCGUAAACCCGCGUCGCUGAACGACGGCGUCCCACCCCCGCAGACUUCAUGGAGAUGCUGGAUCAGAGUGUGGACAGCUCCGCGAGUCAUGACAAACAGGAAGUGGAGGAUGUGGUGCAGCUUCAGGAGGGAGAAGCAGUGGGGGGGCCAGAGCAGACUGCAGUGACCAUCGCCAGCGUCCAGCAGGCUGCGUUCGCAGAUCACGGGGUGCAGUACCAGUUUCGAACCGAGAACAGCGGAGGGCAGGUGACCUAUCGAGUGGUUCAGGUGACUGACGAGCACCUGGAGGCGGCAGCUGAUGGGGCUGGUGCGGUCAGCGUCGUUUCCACGGCAGCGUUUGCUGGAGCUCCUCAGGCUGUGGCCCAGGCCGUCAUCCAGAACCCCUUCAGCAACGGGGGCAGUCCCGUGGGAGAAACGGUGGCAGGAGAGACCCGGUUCACGUAUUUUCCCGCCACUGUCGGCGAUGGAACCGCCGUGUCUGUGCAGGCCGCCGAUCCGGCCAUCACCCAGACGGGAGGCCAGCUCUACGUGAUGAUGAGCCCCCCCGAGGUGCUGCAGGGGGCGAACCCCCGCACCAUCGCCCCACAGACGUACGCCACGAAGGUGGAGGGUCCGCGCGUGCCCCGGGAUGAGCGGCGGCGGGCCCAGCACAACGAAGUUGAGAGGAGGAGACGAGACAAGAUCAACAACUGGAUCGUGACGCUGUCCAAGCUGAUCCCGGACUGCAGCGUGGACAGCAGAUCUGCGGCGAGUAAAGGAGGCAUCCUGUCCAAAGCCUGCGACUACAUCCGGGAGCUGCGGCAGAACAACCAGCGGCUGCAGGACAGCUGCAAGGAGGUGGAGCAAGCCGAGAUGGACAACGAGCUGCUCCGACAGCAGGUGGAAGAACUGAAGAACGACAACGCUCUCCUCCGGGCGCAGCUGCAGCAGCAUGGCGUGGAAACCAACGGCGACGUGACGGCCCAGUGACGGCGCGCCACGCCCUCCCCCACCCUAAAAGCCAGACCCGGGAGACUCCGGGAGUCUCCACGAACCCAGUAAACGCGGGUCUCCUCUUUAACACUUGUUGCAGUCUGCGGGAAAGCUCUGAGGUGAACGACAGCGCCCCCUGCUGUUGAGAAUAAGUUCUGCGUCUGAUGCAGAGCAGAUCCGAAGCUGCCAGCAUCUGUGCAGAGGCGCACGCUCCGAAACGCAGCGGAGAACGAGGAGCUCCUCCGAGACUCUGAUCAUAAGGAGUAACUCCCCCCUACAUGCUGCAGGGCUGGUGGGGGUCACAUGUGCGGAAAACUAAAAACCUGGAGGUGUAACCACUGAAACGUGACUCCCAAAGGAAACCGUAGCUGAGCGUGUCUGUUCUGGAGGCUGCUGGGAAACAGAGGCCUUUCCGUUAUUCAGAAACCUGCCCCCUCCCUGCUUGUGCUGGAGCGACACCCAAGACUGAAACUACAUUUAUAAUUCAGAAUGCUCCUUUGUCAGCUCCUGCACAUCUGGGGUCUGAUGGUUGACUGUGAACAGGUGGACUCAAUUCCUCAUGAACCCGGAUCUAUAAAGGAGCUUGAAAUUAAAGCGAUGACUCCGCCCCUCGCAUGAUUUUUUUAACAUGGCUACUGCUCAGAUUGGGACCAAUGAAGAUGUAAACUUAGGAGGUUGCUACCAUACGAAGGUUAUUUUUACUGCGCUUCAACUGUGAAGCGUGCAUUUCCCGUGAUGUCAGACUGCGGCCUCUUCCUUCAGCUCCUGCUGCUUGCAACAUUUUUUCUAAUUUAAGGUGGAACAACCUUUCUGUGAGAUGAAAUGAACUAAUUUGCUGAUCUGGAAAUAAAAGAUGUUCUACCUGGA